UGGUUGUUGUGUGUCUGUGUGUUGCGUGUGUCCGUGUGUUGCGUGUGUCCGUGUGUUGUGUGUGUCCGUGUGGUUUGUUAGGCCGGCCAAGCCGCAGUAAACUUUGAGACGGUGGUUCUGGCACCGGCAACAGGCGGCGUCGUCUUCUUCUUCGUCUUCUGUGUUUCAUUCUUCAUCCUCUUGCUUCCUUUGGGCCCCUUACGUAAUGAUGAUGGUGGUGGUGGUGCAGCAGCAGCAGCGUUAUCUAACCGCGCGAGGUGUCUCCCCGGUAGUAGGCGCCGCGUGUGCGCCGUAGAAUUCGGUCAAGAACACCAUGACGUUCAUGACGAUGCCGGCGAUAUACACCGGAACCGGACGUCAGCAUUGUAAGGAGAGUGUGGGGGAGAGCGUCGGAGUGAGAGCAUCACAGCGAACAAGAGAGAGGGGAAGAGGGAAAAUGUCCGGCAUUGUGAGCCGCGUGUCCGAGGGCCAGACGGCCGUGAGCUGCUUCAUCGCAGCUGCGAGCUUCGUGCUCUUCCAGGUGCUCUUCCACUGGGGCAGCGCCCUGCUGAGUCGCCCCUUCUGCGUCGACGUCGCCAAGAUGUCGAGGCAGGCGCAGAUCGAGUGGCACUCGAGGGUGGUGUCCACUGCCCACGCCUGCAUCGUGGGACCCAUCUGCCUGUACCUGCUGUGGUUUGACGACGGCGUCAACGCCGACCCCAUCUGGGGUGACCCCUCCAAAGUCCAGAUCAGCAUUGCCAUCACCGCAGGAUACUUGUUCUCAGAUCUGCUGGUGAUCUUCGCCUACUGGCGCCUAGUGGGGGACAAGCUCUUUGUGCUGCACCAUGCCGUCGCCCUCUCCUCCUGCUUCUACGUGCUGCAAGAUGGUGUUUUGGCCUACUUUGCAAACUUCCGACAGAUGGCGGAGCUGUCUACGCCAUUCGUAAACCAAAGGUGGUUCCUGGAGGUGCUCGGCUACCAGAAGUCGUCGCGCGCCUACGUGUGGAACGGCCUCGCGAUGUCCGCGUCGUUCUUCCUAGCGCGCGUCGCCACCAUGCCCGUGUACUACACGCGCACACUAAGCUGGCUGGGCACAGAGGCCGAGGCCCGCCUCGCCUGGGGCCACCGCCUCGCUUGGUGGCUCCCUAGCAUCACGCUCGAUCUCAUGAAUAUCGUGUGGAUGAAGAAGAUCGCCCGUGGGUGCUACCGCGGUCUGCGCCACACCUUCGGGAAGGACUCGCGGCCGAAAAUAACGGUGGAGGCCACCAAGCGAAUGCCAGAAUCUUUGGCAAACGGGAAGACUGACUGACCGACCGACUGACCGACCGACUCGCGCAUUAGUCUGGGUUUUUAAUUACGAUUCAAAAAUACUGUUUGAUUUUUAUCCAAUCCUAUUUUUGGGUCAACGUUAUUUUUGUACAGAAUACUUGGGUGGUUUUUUUCUUCUUCAGAGGAGGCAAACAAUGUCUGAAAUCGCCCCUGAAAGUUAUAAAUGGUCGCGAGAUGCGGGAAUGGGCUAACGGGGAGAUUUGUAACCAACGGCUCCAUCUCCAUGCACUCCACCAACCCUUCACCUCCGAGUCACUCCAUUACGGGGGCUUGCCUCAUCAUGGCCAGCACGCCCUGGCAACGUUUUGAAUUUGAACCCAUUAAGCAGGUCAGUUGAUCUUUAAUGGGUAAACUAAGCGCUCUGUUGAUGAGCGUUCUUUACGAGAUGCCUUUUUACACUCCCGGGGUCACAUUUAAAUCGCGAAGCACAACCGUGCUGAAGCACUAACCAGAACGAUUGUAUUGGUAGACACUCCCAAUAUGUCCGAAUGACGGGGGUGCGGCCACAACCUUUGUGAGCUUCGACACGGUUAUCCUGGUUUUUCAGACAAAAAGCCCAUGCCUUAAUGUGCCCACUUGUUAAGAUAUGAUGCAAUUAGAAAAAAAACAGCAUCUACACACCAUUGAGUAUCAAGAUGCCACACUUCAAAUGUGAAAAGCAGGUGCAGCGCUGAAUUAAAAUACACAGCCCGGGGGGGGGGGGGGGGGGGGGGGGUGGGUGGGAGGGGGGUGGUGGGAGGACACACCGCCCUACGCGUCGUGCACUCGCUCCAUGCUGAACAGGCCGACGGUGCUCAGGGUGGGGGGCCUACGGGCCCCCAGACCAGAAUAAUUAACUUAAUCAGUUCCAACUUGUCAGUCCCAUGUUUCCUUUGCCUGUCCUUCUGUGGUCGGUGUUCUUGUAAAAUCUCACGAUUCCAGCUGUCUUGAGCUGGUUGUAUUACCCGCCUCUUUAUCUUGCCGUGCGAUUUGUUCGCUUGCAGUCCCUGUCAUACAAAGCGCUUUACACCCUCCUUGGCACCCUUUGUGUGAGACUCUGGAGGCUAAUUGUCCACCUUUAUCUUCUCACCUAAUUUCACGGAUCAGUUUUGUUACGUUAAAGUGUUAACCGUUCACUGUUAACCAUUUACCAUUCUCCGUUGAGAGCUGCCGAUGGUGAUAUUGGUUCACAGUAUAGUUUAGUCUAAACCUUUCGUAAACAACUUUUCAUUGUUUUGUCGCUAACCUGUCCUUUAAGGGGACCACUCCUACAUUCUCGUGUCCAUCUUCUGGCUUGGAGUCAUCCACUUAGGUUACCAACCUCUGGGUGCCAAUUCAUUGCCCUUUUUGGUAACCCACCCUCCCCUGCGCUGACAAAUAUGGCAGGAGCACCACGCCACAUAGAGUCAACUCUAUUGGUGUUGUAAAAAAUUUGGAACUGAAAAAGCUUCAUCGCUUUGGGCGGUACCAUUUUCAACUCUGGUCCAUGGACUGUAACCCAGAGUAAGCCAAACCUGCGAUGGCAAACGCAGAGUCUGGCCCCAAGAAGGUUCCGGACGUGAGCACUGCUUUAUUUAGGCUUUUAACAUUCACCAAUUCGUCGAUUCAAAUUGAUUCUUACACUCAAAAUACAUGCAUCAUAUAAUGUGUGCAAGAAAUUAUUUCUAAUCCAUUAAUGUGGUGUGCGAUUUAUUUUGUGGUCGGCCUACAGUUUCAAGGAAAUCUUUAUAGCCACUGUCACACCUUGGAUCAAUUACAAGUUGCAAUUGUGUACUUCAUGAAUUACAAUCGUGUUGUAAUCGUUCAGCUUAAAAUGCUGCUGUCGUUUAUGCCAGUUCUAGCCACUAUAGAGUCUCCCAUGUACGAAAUGGGAGAAAACAUUAUUUGCGAUUGGCUUCAUCACUUUGAACAAUGAUAAUUCAUAGAAUUGUGGCAGGGGUGAUUUGUUCCUUAAGCUGGUUUUUGGUGUCGGUCGCAUGGGCUUUGACUGACCCAGCCUUCAAAUGUCUUGCUUAAUCAUUUUGCUAACUCGCAAUAACCUGCUGUGUGUGCGCGAGUAGUUCAACUCAAUCUGUCACAUGUCGAAAGCGGUGAUGGUGGUGGUGUGUGUUUGAUUUAGCUCCGCUUAUGCUGUGAUGCCCAACUUGGAGCUUCUCUCUCCACCUCGCCUUGUCGUUCCCCACCCCUCUGACCCCCCCCCCCCUCCAGCUGCAGUGGGGCGUUGUUACUGACAAUCAAAUCAGCUAUUUAUUGAUGUUGACGUAUUAAGUUUUCAAUUCGUGUACAAUGGGUACGAGAGUUCUGUAUUUGGGGGUUUGGGUAACGUGGAAGGCAGCCUUGGCAACACGUUUGAGGAUUACAGGGCGACAACAGACAGAUCACCGGCCGUUUGGUGACUCUUGACAGGAUAAAGGCUCAUCAGCCCUGGCAAUGGACCAGCAGACUGUGACAUCAUAUUCUGUUCAGAUUCCCAGUUUGUUUGAUCACGUGCUGAUCUCACCAGAAAGUGAUGCCACAGGAAGAGCCGCUUGCUACAGGAAGUCGAGGCACUGAUCACUCUGCCAUCACCCGAUUCUCCUGCGGGUUUUGACGGGAUGCCUUGGGGCGACGAUGAAGAAAACGAGCGCUGAACUGAACGGGGGCGACUUUUGCGGGUCCCGGUUACUCCGUGAGAAUUGCGUUGUGCGGGGCCGGGCUUUAAGGUCUGCAAGAGAGACCCAGCGCCGACCCUCCGUGUCUGACCUCGUGCGGGGUCGUGUGAGUAGAUUAGUUCGUGCAACUGAUGUGUCUGACGUGCGUGUGCGUGUCUGUCUGUGUGCACACGCCACGUGUGCAAAGCACCACUAAUACAGUCGUCGGGCCCAUUCUAUUCCGCCUGCUGCCCCCCUACAACCAUAGUGCCUUAACACUGACGACACGGGUACACUCACAAGCAGGGUACACGCGCUGCUAGAACAAUUGGUGGCACGUGCCACUGAACAUGGACCGUACCAUUUUGUAUGUGGUGGAUGCCUCAGUGUGUGUGUGACGUUUAAUUUGGGACCGAGAAGGGGGUGGUGUAGUAGUGGUGGUGGUGACAGCAGUGGAGCGCGAAACCGCGUUGUGUUUUUAAGACGACCAAGCCAAUAAAACAAAACUCUUGUCUAGGGCUGUGUCUCCAUGGCUCUCCGGUAUAAGUUUGCAGCUUCCAAUGGUGAUAAAAACAACAAAACUUGAAAGUUAUGUUAACGAGCCCCCAGCAUUGCACUGCUCCAUUGAUGUACUUGCAGUCGGUAAAGCCGAACAUUCGAAUACAUCACUGUAGAGAUGUCACGAGAGGGCGCUAUGACACCAAGUAUUUUAUUUGAAUGUUAAAGCUUCAAAAUUCGUAUCGGAGGAGGCACCCAGCCUUAGCAACAGGCACGAGAUAUAAGAGCUGGACAGUUGCACAAA